CUCCACUCAUCUCCGAUGCAUCUAUAAAACCCCACCCCUCCGAUUCGCAUUCGGCUCGCCGUUCAACUUCGACCACCGCCGCCCACCGCCGCAACCGUGUCGUCCAUGGUGAGUAGAGACAUGGCGGAGUCCGACCUCUUCACUCCGUACAAGAUGAGCAAGUUCGACCUCUCUCACCGGAUCGUGCUGGCGCCGAUGACGAGGUGCAGGGCUCUGGGCGGGAUCCCGCGGCCGGCGAUGGCGGAGUACUACUCGCAGAGGUCGACGCCCGGCGGGUUCCUCAUCUCCGAGGGGACCAUGAUCUCCGACACUGCGGCUGGGUUCCCGCAUGUCCCUGGAAUCUACAACGAAGAGCAAGUGAGAGCAUGGAAGAAGGUGGUGGAUUCUGUUCAUGCCCAAGGCAGCGUUAUCUUCUGUCAACUUUGGCACGUCGGCCGUGCCUCCCAUCACGUUUAUCAGCCCGGGGAAGCCGCCCCGUUGUCGUCGACAGACAAGCCGAUAACUCAGAGGUGGAGGAUCCUGAUGCCGGAUGUGUCUCAUGCCAUUUAUCCCAAACCCAGGGCUCUGAACCACUCUGAGAUACAGGACAUGGUUGAGCAUUAUCGCCGGGCUGCCAUAAACGCCAUUCGAGCUGGAUUCGAUGGAAUUGAGAUACAUGGAGCGCAUGGCUACCUCAUUGAUCAAUUCUUGAAGGACGGGAUCAAUGACCGGACAGAUGAAUAUGGCGGGUCCAUUGGAAACAGAUGCAAAUUCAUAAUACAGGUUGUCAAAGCUGUGGCGAUGGCCAUCGGUCCGGAUCGAGUCGGAGUUAGGAUAUCGCCGGCAAUCGAUCACCUCGAUGCCGUGGACUCCGAUCCCCCUAAGCUGGGCCUUGCCGUCAUCGAGAGGCUCAACAAGCUUCAGCUGGAGCUUGACUCGAGGCUGGCUUAUCUCCACGUGACUCAGCCACGGUACGUGGCUUAUGGCCAAACGGAAUCCGGCCGACUCGGGAGCGAGGACGAGGAGGCCCAAUUGAUGAGGACUUGGAGGAGGACUUAUCAGGGCACUUUCAUUUGCAGCGGAGGGUUCACGCGGGAGCUCGGCAUGAAAGCCAUAGCCGACGGCGAUGCAGAUCUGGUAUCAUUCGGUCGUCUUUUCAUUGCCAACCCUGAUCUGGUCUUGAGAUUUAAGAUGAAUGCACCUUUGAACAAGUAUGUUAGGAAGACUUUCUACACCCCAGAUCCUGUUGUGGGGUACACAGACUACCCUUUCCUAGAAAGCGGGAAGCGGAAUUUGCGGUCGCUCCUAUGAGUCCACGGCUAGGUUUUUUGUCCAGAUUAUUACUGUUGUGUAAUAAGAUGCUGUGUUUCGCUUUUA